AGAGAAAGAGAGAGAGAGAGAGCGAGUGAGAGCGAAUCCGGAAGGAAAAGGGCAGUAAUAGCUACGGUAUCAACAAAUGCCUCUGGGGAAGUACUACUGCGACUACUGCGACAAGCAGUUCCAGGACACCCCGGCCGCCCGCAAGCGCCACUUGCAGGGUCUCCACCACCACCGCGCCCGCGCCCUAUGGUACGACUCUUUCAAAGAACCGCAUGGAGCACCUCUUUUCCAACCUUAUGGAAGCCUGGCCAAAGGCGUCUGCCAUCAUUUUGUGCGCACGGGGGUUUGCAAGUAUGGGGAUACAUGCAAGUAUUUUCAUCCAAAGCAGGAUGUGCUAAACCCUACACCUGCUGUGACUGGGAUGAAGUACAUGGAGGCGAUACAAAUCCAAAAUAGCUUGGCUAGCAAUCUACCAGGAGACAGCAUGUCAGGAAAUAUCAUUAAUCAGGGAGGAAUUUCAUGGGGCAACUUGCCUCCAUCAUUGCGACCUCCUCCAGAAGGUGGUUACCCACCACUUCUAUUUCUGGAAUGGGGAUAAAUCUUGCUGACAUUUCUAACCAAUCAUGUUUUGCUGUGAUGCUGUCAUACACAUAACAACAUUACCAAGGCACUUCCGGUCACAUGCUCACAGUAAGAAGUUCUUGAGCAUCUACAUGAACUGUCAUGAUAUACUGGACUUUGAAUGUAUUAUCCAACUUUAGGUUGGUCCUGAUCCAAAAAGACGUGGUGUGUCUCUGGUAAUCGAGUGGUGGAGUCCUGUAGCUGUAGCUGGUGAUGGCCGUACUUUAUUAUCUGUUCUUGAUUACCUUC